AUGAGAAAAGCCAUUGCACCAGAAGUAUAUGAGAACUGGUGUAGCAGUGAGGAGCUGGAAGAGAAUGACUCUGAGAAAGGAACUGUAGUGGCAUUCAAGUAUGAGUUGCCUGACGUGCUUGAGAAUGACAUGACAGACGAGAAGAUCCUUGCAGGCCCAUUGGUUCUGUGCCACAGGGUGAAGAAGGCUAAAAUUUCUGAAACCUCUGACACCGUUUUUGACCUUGCUGCUGAAGAAGCAAACACAAAUCAGUUAAAGCAGCAGAACACAUCUGGCACAAUCACAUCCAUAGCUCCAUCAGCUCAGCAUGUCAAUAUUGAUCUGUCGCUCCUUUCAGAUAGUGAAAAUGAAAUUGCUCCUGCAGUGCCAGCUAUGCCUGAGGCAAGCAGCAGUCGGAUAACUCAGUCAUUGGCAAGUAGUCCCAUGAACCUCUUUCUAUUUGAUAACUGUAAUGGUACAUGUCUCUGCCAUUCUGCAUCCUGCAUGCCUAGCCAUACUAACCUCAAGCAUGCAGAAGACACUUGUGUUGGUUUCAUCAUUGAACUUCAUAUCGAUGAGCAUGAUGGAGGGAUUAUCACGGAGAGCAUGGAGCAUAACAUGUCAGUCGAUGCAGUGCUGGGCAGCGCCAUGACCUGGAGCCCAAAAUUGUUUGUGAUCGCAUUGGUGCUGUCGAUGAGGUCUGCAGAUAGAGCACGGAAACAUGCCCUCCAGAUUCCAGGGUCAGAUCCACGUUCAGGCAUGUUAUCUGUCUCCAAUAGCUGGGCUCAUACCACAAUGUUCAUGCACGCAAACAUCCGCAUGUGCACGUGA